CAGCUUUAAGGGGGAGUGGCAGCAGGAAUGAGGCAGGUAGGGACGGACAGAAUCGGGGAAAGCAGGUAAGACGGGAACAGCCAUAUUGGUGACGGCAAGGAGCAGGCAACUCGAGUUCAGGUAAUUGGACUUUAAACCUCAGUCUCGGCACUUCGCAUCACUCCCAGGAGAGACGGAAGUUCAAAAAACCGAAAAUGCCGAAACCGAUCAAUGUUCGUGUUACAACAAUGGAUGCUGAGCUGGAGUUUGCCAUCCAACCCAGCACUACAGGCAAGCAACUCUUCGACCAGGUGGUCAAAACAAUUGGCCUGAGAGAGAUCUGGUAUUUUGGACUCCAGUAUACAGACAACAAGGGAUAUCCAAACUGGCUAAAGCUUGAUAAAAAGGUAUCUCACCAGGAUUUAAAGAAAGAAAACCCUGUUCAGUUCAAAUUUCGUGCUAAAUUCUUCCCAGAGGAUGUGGCUGAGGAGCUAAUCCAAGAGGUCACUCAGAAGCUCUUCUUCCUUCAGGUCAAGGAAGGCAUCCUUUCUGAUGAAGUGUACUGCCCUCCUGAAACAGCUGUGCUGCUUGCUUCCUAUGCGGUCCAGGCAAAGUUUGGAGACUUCAACAUGGAAACACACAAGAGUGGCUACCUUACAUCUGACCGUCUGCUCCCACAGCGUGUUGUGGAGCAGCAUAAACUUAGCAGAGAGCAAUGGGAGGAGAGAAUCCAGGUUUGGCAUGAGGAGCACCGUGGGAUGCACAAAGAAGAUGCCAUGUUAGAAUACCUGAAGAUUGCCCAGGAUCUAGAAAUGUAUGGUGUCAACUACUUCGAUAUCAAAAAUAAGAAAGGAACGGACUUAUGGUUGGGUGUUGAUGCCCUGGGUCUCAAUAUCUAUGAAAAAGAAGACAAACUAACACCCAAAAUUGGUUUCCCGUGGAGUGAAAUUCGCAACAUCUCCUUUAAUGACAAGAAGUUUGUCAUCAAACCCAUAGACAAGAAGGCACCGGAUUUUAUUUUCUAUGCUCCUCGUCUGAGAAUAAACAAGAGAAUCUUGCAAUUGUGUAUGGGCAACCAUGAGCUGUACAUGAGGCGCCGAAAACCUGAUACCAUCGAAGUACAGCAGAUGAAGGCCCAGGCUCGAGAGGAGAAGCACAAGAGACAGCUGGAGAGGGCACAGUUGGAGCAGGAAAAACAGAAGAGGGAGAUAAUAGAGAGAGAGAAAGAGCAGAUGGAGAAGGAAACUCGUGACUUGAUGUUGAAGCUGAAGCAAUACGAAGAUCAAACAAAGAAAGCUGAAAAUGACUUGGCUGAGCAAAUGCAGCGAGCAAUUCAUCUGGAAGAAGAGAGGACAAAAGCUCAACGUGAGGCUGAACGUCUAGAGGCUGAACGCUUGGAUGCUCUCCGAGCGAAGGAGGAGUUGCAGAGACAAGCUGAGGAUCAAAUAAAGAACCAGGAGCAAUUGGCUUCAGAGUUAUCGGAGUAUACAGCCAAGAUUGAAGAACUAGAGGGUGCCAGGAGAAUGAAAGAGGAAGAGGCACAUGAAUGGCAACAACGGGCAAGAGUGGUCCAGGAUGAUUUGGAGAAAACAAAAGAGGAACUACACAUGGUAUUAUCUGCCCCUGCCCCACCACCCCCUCCACCAGUCUAUGAGCAUUUAGAAGAGAACGAACAUGAUGAUGUUGAAGAGAAUCAUACUAUGUACAGUGCUGACCUCACAACUGAAGGCAUCUUGGAUCACAGGGAUGAAGAAGAGCGUGUGACAGAAGUGGAGAAAAAUGAACGAGUACAACAGCAACUGAUGCUUUUGAGCAGUGAACUCGCCCAAGCUAGAGAUGAUAGCAAGAAAACAUCCAACGACAUCAUUCACAUGGAAAAUGUCCGAAAAGGUCAAGACAAAUAUAAGACACUUCGCCAGAUCCGGCGAGGGAACACCAAGCAGAGGGUGGAUGAGUUUGAAUCUAUGUAAAAUUUCACUUAUAACACUACUUGUGCAUUUUCUACACAGGAUGAUAAACAAUUUGAAGCAUUUUAUUUUUUCUGGUGAUCACUGGAGCAACCAUCUUGGAUUCUAGAGUAGAGGUUAUGUUGGGCCACAGCUUGGAGUUUCCAUUCUCCCCCCCCCCCCCCCCCCCCCCCCCCCCCCCCAAUCAAUGGUUCUGCCAAGUCUAAAUUUUACAAAAAUGUGUCCAAAUUUUGAAUAAUUUGUUUUGAAUCUCUUCAUUCUUGAGCAGUGAACUGGAUUGUUGGUCACAAUAUUAAUUUUAAAACAUUUUUGUAGGCUUUUCAGUGCUUAAAGGAAAUGCUCUUCAGUCUGAAAUAAUGUGCUGCAGUGCAAAAACGGUUGUUUGGUGCCAAAAGUAGUUAAUGAGCAAGAUUUUUUUGGAAAAGGAAGGAAACUAACCUGUGCCCUAACAUUAUUGCUGAAAUAGCCAAGAACAUGAAUUGGAGAACAGAAUUUUCACUGAAAGCAAAUUGCUUCAUUGCAUCACUUUGUGCCACAUGAUCACCCAGGUGAAAAGAUGAUUUUGAUUAAUGCUUGCCACUCUGCAGAAGAGGAUUCAUAUUUGAUCUUGCAAAUAUUAAUGGGCAUGUGGCCUUAAUAUAGUGACCACACACAUGAUUAAAACACUAUCGCCUUUCUCUGCAUCUUGCUGCAAAUUAUGAACUUAGGUUUUAAUGUAAUAUCUCAAUUUAUGAAUGACAGCCUAGUAUAAUUCUGUGGGGAAAUGGAUACUCUUUGUAUAUUUUUACUAUUCCAAGAUUUGUGCUUCAACACUUAAAGAUGGCAACGUUAUAUCUAUAAUAGAAUAAAAACUAGUUUGUGUGGUACAUAAGCAAAUCUGAUACUUUAUUUUGUAGAACUGAAUCAAUUUGUAAAGAUUUUUUUUUAUUUUAGACCAAAUGAGCAAUAAAGCAUGUUUGUAAAAAAUUCAGUGGCAAGAGCAAAAUCUCAUGUUCUAUUUAAUCUGAUCAACCAAUAAAGACAAUUAUUGCAACUAAAUAUGCCUAUCUUUAAUUUAGAUAUUGUGAAACUUUAUGUAUAUUCUUCAUACCUUGGUGAGCAACAUAAAAUGUCACACUGUAUUAUCAUUACACUCUUUCAUCAUAAUGUGCUUAGCAAAAUGACCUGUUCUGUUACUCCAAUCUAUACCUUUGUUGUUCUGUACUUUGUACUUUCAAAUAUUGUACUAAAAUGGUCUUUGCAAUGUUGAAUUGCACCUAAUAAAGAUUUUGGCAAUGA